AUGUGUGUUAGUAACGGCGCCCCCCUCUGGUCCUCCGCAGUGCUGCGAGACGACUUCCGGCAGAACCCCACGGACGCGGUGGUGGCGGCGGGAGAACCAGCCAUCCUGGAGUGUGUGCCCCCUAGAGGUCACCCUGAGCCCACCAUCUACUGGAGGAAGGACAAGAGCCGCAUCGACGACAAGGACGAGCGAAUCACGAUCCGCGCAGGGAAACUGAUGAUCUCCAACAGCAGGAAGAGCGACGGCGGCAUGUACAUCUGUGUGGCCACCAACAUGGUGGGCGAGCGCGACAGCGAGACGGCACAGGUCACUGUGUUCGAGCGGCCCACCUUCCUGAAGAGGCCCAUAAACCAGGUGGUGCUGGAGGAGGAGCCGGUGGAGUUCCGCUGCCUGGUACAAGGAGACCCUCCGCCCAACGUGCGCUGGAGGAAGGACGAUGUGGACGUCCCCCGCGGGAGGUGA